AUGGAGAUCCAGAUGCAUCUAGAGACAGAGCUCUGUUUUCCAGAGCUACCGAACAGUUCUUGCAGGAAGCCGACACUUCACUGGUCCAAAACGGUGCUCCUGAACGUUGGGCUUUCGUCCAUCUCUGUGAUCACUGCUGCUCUUAACCUGCUCAUCAUCAUCUCAGUCUCCCACUUCAGGCAGCUCCACACUCCCAGUAACAUCCUCCUCCUCUCUCUGGCUGUCUCUGACUUUUUUGUGGGUUUUCUGUUGAUGCCGGUAGAAAUCUUCAGACGCACGGCCUGCUGGGUAUUUGGUGAUCUUAUGUGUUCACUUUAUAUUUAUCUGAGCAUCAUUCUUAUCAAUGCUUCAUUGGAAAUUAUUGUUCUUAUAUCAGUUGACCGCUAUGUGGCUAUUUGUAAACCUCUGCAUUACCCCACCAGAAUUACUGUGACAAGAGUCAAACUCAGUGUUUGUCUGUGUUGGUUUUAUGCUAUUUUUUACUGCAGUCUUUACACAAAGCAUGUCCUGAUAAAACCAGGCAGGUAUGGUUCCUGCUAUGGAGAGUGUGUGUUUGUUAUUGAUGAUAUAACUGGAACUGUUGACCUUGUUUUAUCUUUUAUAGUUCCAGUUAUUAUCAUCAUAGUUCUGUAUAUGAGAGUAUUUGUGGUGGCUGUGUCUCAGGCUCGUGCCAUGCGCUCUCAUGUCACAGCAGUCACACUUGAGCGUUCACCGAAUCAAGCAAACAAAUCUGAGCUGAAAGCAGCCAGGAACCUUGGCAUUCUUGUAGUUGUGUUUCUGUCAUGCUACUGUCCAUUUUAUUUCUACACUCUCAUUGAUGAAAAUGCUGUCAAUGAUCCAGCUGCAUCUUUUGUGGUCUUUAUCUUUUAUUUUAACUCUUGUAUAAACCCUUUGAUGUAUGCCCUGUUUUACCCCUGGUUUAGAAAUGCUGUUAAACUUAUUAUCACGCUGCAGAUAUUCAAGCAUAACACCUGUGAGGCCAACAUACAAUAA